AAGUCAACUUAACCGAAGAAGGACACGUACUAUCGUUGUAAAGUGGGUGUUGUUUUUGUAAGAUAUUUGCAGAUGUUUCUCUAGGACGUUUUCAUGGGUGAUAGUCCCGAUAUUCGUUUAGGAAACCUGCAUAUUGCAGCCGGGGAAAUCGAUCAUGUAGAACUGUUGUCAUCUCAAACUAGCGCCCUCUAUCGUUCACAAGAGUUCACUGAUGUAACAUUUGUUGUGGAGGGUUCAAAGUUUUUCGCUCACAGAGUCAUUCUUGCAGCUCGAAGCGAGUAUUUUAGAGCACUGUUAUACGGUGGAAUGAGAGAAACAAACCCGGAAGCUCAAAUCGAAAUCAAGGACACAACAGCGCCGGCAUUUAACGCCUUACUAAAGUAUGUUUACACUGGAAAAGUUUACCUCGGGGAAUUCAAAGAGGAGACGGUCUUAGAACUGUUAAGUUUGGCGCAUAAAUACGGAUUUCUAGCGCUCGAAAGUGCUCUUCAAGGCUACCUUAAAGCGACAUUAAGCAUCAGGAACGUUUGUUUUGUGUUUGACACCGCUUUGCUUUACCAAAUGACAGAUUUGGGUACAACGUGUUUGAGCUUUUUGGACAGGAAUGCGGUAGAAGUUUUAUCGACAGAUGGUUUUUCGUGCCUGACAAAAUCUGGGCUGGUUGAAAUCAUUAAGAGAGACUCGUUUUGUGCGCCUGAAAAUCAGAUUUUUAGAGCAGUUAGGGAAUGGGUGGAAUCUGCAGAAGGAAUUGCCGAGGCCGACUUGAGGGACAUAUUGGAUAAAGUUCGGCUUCCGCUCAUAAGUUUACAUGAUUUGUUUGACAUUGUCCGCCCUUCAGAACUUUUCUCGGCUGAUGCCAUUCUGGAUGCAAUUCGUAUUAAGACAGAAAGCCGAGUAAAUGAAAUGAACUUCAGGGGGCAUUUGGGUAAGCUGUUAAAACACGGAAGUGUGAUUUAAUUACAUAUGUGAUAGUCAGCCUACAAUAGCUUCAACCAUGCUGCUAAAAGCCUAAUGUGCUACUGAUAAUCCUACAGCAUGAAUCAUAUCAUGUAAGUCAAACCUGUGACACUCACAAAUCAGUAAUGUUGUAGGUGUGAUGUACAUGAGACAUUGUGGGCUCAUCAUAAGCACAUUGCAUUCGCAAAGUUGUUCUUUUUAAAUGGGCCUUAAAUCUGCCCUGUUAUGCACUGGUCAGUUCCAAACCUCAACAUGUGCCCACCCCACCCAUGAAUAUUUGAACUUCAAAAAAAAUUUGUAGGGUGCCUUAACUUACUAUUACAUCGGCAGUCAAAAAAGCGCCUACCCCUGGCGGGUUGGACUGACAUGGGACAAAAUGGUGGGUAAUUUUUGUAAUAAAUUAUGCUUGAACCUCCUUGUGUGACCACCUCUCAUAAGCAACCACUGAUCCAACGUACCAAACUUUUUCCCAACCUUCUGUAAACAAACACCUCCAGUAAGCAACCUUACUAGGGUUUUAUAUUUUACCAUUAUUUUUAAGCUUUGUAUGUGACCAGUAAAUUGCCCCAUGGUCUGAUCCCCAUGCGUGUUGGUUUUAUGUAUUAUUGAUCAAAAUGGAAAACUCACAUUCCAGUGAAGUUUUAGCAGCACAAAUACACUUUUUGAUUAAUUUUUCACUGCUGUUGCUGUUACUGAGGCCCUGUUAAGGAAAAUUCUGACAAGUGACAUGGCCUUGAAUAGCAACAGAGGACCAGAUGAAAUGGCAACUAAGGAUAUAAAGAUGGGUUAAAUACUGCCAGGGACAUGGCCUACCCCUCAAAAUACAAAAUGAUUGUAUCUGAAAGUCAGUCUAGGGGCAUACAUACCCACCCCCCUGCCCCCCCAAGAGGGCCUUGUCAAAGCCUGCGAGCAGGUUCUCUGGGGUGCUCUGGCGGCAGGGCAGGAAAAGGAAGGAGAGCUUGCAACCAUUCUCUGGGAUUUGAAUAUCUACAUCUAAAAAGUUGAUGCAAAAUGCUGAUUGGCAGAGAUGACAUAAGUAAUGAUGUCAUUACCCCUGGCACAUGUUUUUCAAUGCUUGUUAACAUUCUCACUCCUUUAUGCUUCAUGCUGAUUGGCGGAAAUUUGACAGUUUAGUCAACAGGGAGCAACAGGGGAAUUGGAAUUGGAAUUCACAUUCCAGAGAUGUAGUUGCAAGCUCUCCUUCCUUCCCCCUCCCCCCACUCCUUGUUGACUCAUUUGGGACUCAUUAGUGUACUUUUUUUAUCCAUUCUAGUUCCAGAGGAAAACAUAGCAACAUCACGUCACGGUGCUGAGGUGAUAGAGGGAGAGAUGCGCGAGUGUUUGCUCGAUGGCGACACCACACACUUUGACCUGGACCGUGGGUUUACAAGACAUUUAAUUGUUGAUGGGGACAGGGGUAUCUGCAUUGAUUUGGGUCGUCCAAGUAUCAUCAACACAAUAAAAAUGUUGCUUUGGAAUAAAGAUCAGAGGUCUUAUUCAUACUAUAUUGAGGUGUCAAUGGACAAUUCAGACUGGAUAAGGGUCAUAGAUUACUCCAAGUACUUUUGCCGGUCAUGGCAAACCUUACAUUUUAAACCACGAGUCGUCAGGCAAGUAACAAGAUUAACCUUAAUGCAAUAUGCCAGGUUGAUCAGGUAGCUAAAAUGGUUAACCCUUUAUCUCCCGAGAAUGACCAACUUUCUCCUUUCAAAUUAAUAUCAAUACGUCAUCAAAAGAGAAGGUUUUAAGAGCUAAUAAAGAGUAAAUGCUUUGAUCUUUUAUCAAAUUCUCUCAACUAGUUCUUUAAGGAAAUGUAUAAAUAUCAGUUUGGAGAAUUUGUUUGUGGAUAUUGGGGUUAAAAUUGUUAUUGUCAAGCCCAACAUUUUGGUAAGACAAAGCUUUUUUUAUCAGGGUAACAAGACAGACUUUACAGUCUUUUGUAGUUGAAGGCAGCUCUUCACUCAGACUUUUUGUGCCCUUAUCACAGUUUUCAUAGGUCAACCAAAAGUGGACAACUACAGAAUAAAAUAAUAAUUAUAAUGUCCCACUUAUUUCAGAAUCAGUGUACUUGUCCCAGAAAUGCUAAAUUGUAAAAAUCAUCAUCAUCAUCAUUAUUAUUAUUAGUAUUAUCAUUUUAUAAUCUACUUUUGUGUACUGAUUAUUUCCCUUCUUGUUUUGCAGGUAUAUUCGUGUUUAUGGUGUGCAUAACACUGUCAACAAGGUUUUUCAUUUGGUACACUUUGAAUGUUUGUAUUCCAACACUACUUGUGAGCUAGGGGCAGAUGGAGUCAUAGGUAAGUUUGGAAAAUUUCCACUUGCUUUUGGUUAACCAUUCCAAGAUGUUUUCCCUCCCUCCUUAUUUAAGACUGCCCAAAAGCAAUGUUUCAAUUUCAAAUCUAAGAGCUGCAGUGUCAUUUGACAUGCAUUGUGUAGCAAUUCGCCGUCAAACAUAAUACGUUAAAAAAUACCCCUGCUACAUGGAAACCCCAAUAAUACAAUUGUUGCUAUUUGGCCUCUCACUGUUACUGAUAAAGAUAAGUUAUGAAUGUCUGAUAGACAAGAUAUAAACUCCCCCAAUUAUGGAUUCUCACUAUAAAGCAUACUAACUCACAAUCACAAGGGUGUCUGCUAUAAUGGUUGUUAACUCUAUGAAAAACCCUCAGCAUAAUGAGUGAAUUUUAUCACUGCAGUCAAAGUGAAAUUUAUGCUGUAGGUCAACCUCAAUAUCAAAUACCCCUAACAACAGAUUUCCCACUAUGAGACCCUUGGCUGUUCUUUAUAGCAGGGUUCCUAUGUGAGUUCAAAGUAGAACCUUAACCCUCUACUUAUACAGUUGACUCCCGGUAACUCAAACCCCCUAUAACUCAAACCUCCUGCUCACUUCCCUUCAGGUCAUUUUCUACAUAAUUUUAUCCCCAAUAACUCGAACUUUUUUCUAUUUUCCUAGAAGGUUUGAAUUAUCGGGAGUCGACUGUAGAGCGUUUUCACAUGACGUCAUGUGGCCAUAUUGGUGUUCCAAAUCACUGAAACAGCGGUCAUGUUGGUGUCCCGAACCAAUCCUCUGAAACUCUAUUCUUACGUAAAUGCUUUCUUUUGAACUAAUAAAUUUGCAUAGAUGCUGGCCACAUGAGCAAAACACCUUCUAUACCUACAAUCGUGGACAAACAUCUUGGAACACAUUUGCUUUUGUGGGGCUCUCUUUAAAUCAUACAUGACCAACCUUCCCCCCCCCACCCUCCCCGAACCACAAACAAGGUUGGACGGGUGUAUCCAGAAUUUUUCCCAAAUUUCCACUUUAUUUAGGGUGGGGGGAGGGAGAACCACAAGAUGUUUCUGAAAGAUUGCACUGUUUAAUGACAGCACCUGUAAAGUACAGAAAAUCAUAAGUACUGCAUUGCUGUCCCAAGGACUUUUUUCCUGGAUUGUAGAUUCUGCUACAGCUGAGAGUUUCAUGAGUGAAAAAUGUUAUAGAUUUAUUCAUUUUUUCUUUUUUUUUUUUUUUUGCCAUCAAAACAGUGCCCUCGGAGAAUGUAGCCUUACCAUCAUUGGGAGCCAGUGUGAUUGAGGGUGUGAGUCGGAGUCGUAAUGCCCUCCUAAAUGGGGAAGUUGGAAAUUAUGAUUGGAACAUUGGCUACACCUGUCAUCAAUUGGGAAGUGGAGCAAUUGUGGUUCAACUACCACAGCCAUACAUUAUUGGUUCAAUGAGGUGAGAGAUUGAUGCUGAGUAGCCUGCAGAACAGGUGUUAUUUUUUUGCAUUUUUCAGCCAAGUGACGAUAAGUGGGAAGCAUGCAAGACAGGAGAAGGCACCGUCAUGCCUGUCUUGCACCCCUAGCUCUUUUCGCACCUGCCUUCACCAGCCAGAAAAACACAAACAAAUUCAUGCCUGUUCUGCAAGUGUCACAUACAGUGUUUUGUCGUUGACGUUGUUGUUGUUGUUAUUAAUUUUUUUUAUUAGAAAUUUAUUUUUAAAUAUUUUGUUUAUUGUUAGACUGCUUCUGUGGGACCUUGACGAACGCAGGUACAGUUAUUAUAUUGAAGUUUCCUGUGAUCAACAGAGCUGGGUUAGAGUCGUGGACAAGACAAAGGAAGAAUGCAGGUCUGAACUAUUAUUAUAGAUGACUAUAAGCAAUUAUUAAAAUAUUGUGCUUGUUUUGGAUGCAAAGCUUAAACUUCAAAACUCAAAGCGGCUAUAUCAUUUUUGGAAAGAUAACGUGCACCGAGAUUUGGUGCUGUUUUAAUAUCAGAACCAUGCGAGAGCAGGAAGAUGUAAGCAAUGGGGAACCACCUCAAACUACCCUUAUGAAGAAUUGCAAUGAAAUAAUAAAUUUGAUAAGUUAUUUAUAAGUGAAAAAUUGAAUGACAUUACUUGAGCAUCUUUUCAAAAUGCCUUUUAUAAUAACUUUAUUUUUUUAUUGCUUUUCUCUGCAUGUUUCUUUAUAGAUCAUGGCAGUAUCUUACUUUUGAUGCCAGACCAGUUGUUUUUGUUCGUAUUGUUGGUGUUGACAAUACAGCAAAUGAGGUAUGCAUCAUUAUAGUGGAAUAAUUUCAAAGCUGAGUCUUGUAAGCAGAUAUCCUCAGAAAGCUGAUUGUUUGUAACUACAACUGGCUUAGUGGUCACUUGCUAUAUAAGGAAUAAGUGGAUAGGUACUGGAGCUUUCACCACUCCAACUACUGUUAAUUCAGAAAGAAAUUUCUACUAUACCAAAUUAUUAUUAAUUUUAUUGCCAUAAGCUAUUCUGACCUUGGCAAGAAGCACUGCAUCCUGUACUAAGGGUCGUCAUGGCCCAGGUGUUCAAAAAUUUCUCGUGCUUCUCAUUUCUUGACCAUCAGACUUUGUUUUGUCCUUUUGUGAGAGAUAAUAGGCUGAUUUAGCAACAGGAGGGGAACGUCAGUUGACGACGGGAAAGCACGCAGAAAAGACUAAACACGACUUCCAGUGCUCAAUUUGCCGCUCUGCCAUUGGCCAAGCCAGUUGUUUGAUCUGCGCGUGCCGUCGUCAACUGACGUUCCCGUUCUGUCGCUAAAUCAGCCUAAUAGUAAAAGACAAUACAUGGUGUAAUAAUGUAUCAUCUGCAGGGCUAUCACUAAGGUUUGAGGUUGCCAGGUACAGUCAACUCUCUCUUAACAGACACCUCUAUAAGAUGGACACCUCUGUAAAACGGACACCAAGAGUUUGUCCCUGCCUUUUUUUACUCCUCUUAUUUGACUCUCUAUAAGAGGGACUUCUCUCUAAGACGGACACAUAGUACUGGUCCCAAAGGUGUCCGUCUUAGGGAGAGUUGACUGUAUAUGCAAUCCAGUGCCAGAUCCAGACCUUUAGAUAAGGGGGGCGGUCUCCAAAAAGAAUUUUAUCAUUGGUCUAAAAAUAAAGGGGGGGUGGCGGGCCCCCCAGGCCCUUCCCCUGGAUCUGCCACUGCAAUCAGUAGCUGGGAAAUUGAGUAGCCAGGGAGUUCUUUUGGUUUUAUUUUCCUUUUGUUUUCUUGUGAAAGUAGCCUGGGUUUAUGAUCCUAGUAGCCAGGGGAAAUAUCCAUCCAAUGGCCCUAAGUGACAGCCUUGAUCUGAAAGUGUCGCAGCCACUUAUGAUAAUCUGUAAAUACAGAGGUUGUAUGGAAGUUCAAAUACAGCUGUCCACUGAUGACAGUGAAUGUUAUUAGAGCUGUCCACUGUUUAAUAAUCUUCAAUUUUUUUUUCUUUGGAAGGUAUUUCAUUGUGUCCAUUUUGAGUGCCCAGCCAAUCAAAAGGAGCCCAGUAUCUGCGGCAGUGACAGAACAGACAGCUCGGAGCAAAGUGUGAUGUCUGCCGACACUACAAUCAGCUCCAUUAUGUAAUUUUAUAGAGAAAUUCUGCUACAUUGUAUCUGCAAGAUUGAGAUUGUAGCUGACAGACUGUUAAUAGUAUUGUACAGUUCAACCUCCACGUGCGCGCGCAUGUCUGUGCAAAAUACCAAAAUUGGUUUUCUUAGCCAAAGCGCCGUAAGCUAAUCCUCCUCUAAUUAGGGGGUUUAAGAUACCACGGCGGCGAUGGCGACGGAAACUUCACUUAAAAAGUGAAUUCGCGUUUUUUCAAUCUCUAUUGCGAUUAUUACAACUCGCUUACCGUGUCUAAUGCAAACGAACUCUUGCGAAGCCGAAUUCCCAACAACCAUAUCCACGUUCAGAAAGAGAAAGAAUAUUUCGUCGUACCAUGUUUACGUCCUCCACAAAACAUGAUAUUACACGCUGUUUACGUGAUACCGGAGUGACUUUCGGGACGAGUGUCGUACCAGAAUGAAAUUCGUACGAAAACAGCCUAUAGAGCGUUUUCACUCACGUGGCCAGCAUCUAUGCAAAUUCAUGACAACAAACGAAAUUGUUUACAUAAGAAAAGAGUCCAACUCCCACAGGAUUGCUUUGGUACACCAACAUGGCCGCCGUUUCAUUGUUUUGGAAAACCAAUAUGGCCGCCGUGACGUUAGCCUGCGUAGCAGGCGCUUGGAAGUAACCAGCACAGGAAAGAAUGGGGCGCGAGAGAGCUCGCGCGCAGUGUUCUUUCUUGCGCCCAUUACUUCCAAGCGGCAGGCUACCGUGACGUAAUGUGAAAACGUUCUAUUAUCCUAAGGCGUUCUCUCCCUAAGUUCUCUCUCGCGCCAGAUCAGAUACGCAUGCGCCACAGGCCCCAGACUACUCGGUUUGCAUUUUUCGGUUGGCCACUUUCGUAUUAAAUUUAGCAUGAUAGCGAUAACGAGUCUUACAGGAUACGAAAAAAGAAAAUGAAUAUGUUGACUCACUUUCUUUGUUUGUGUCCUCCAAGACUCGCUAUCAUGCUGAAUUUUAAUAUAUCGAAAGUGGCCAAUUCGGAACGAAGUUCAGUACAUAAUAUCGGAAUCAGUGAAAUUUCAUACCAGAACGAGAACUUCAUUCGGAAUGAAAUCCGAAAUGACUUGUAAGGAAACGAAAUGUCGCUUCGGUAUCAAAUAAAGAAAUACAGAGGAAUAUAUGGAGAUGGAAUGAACUGGUUCUAGAAUGAAAGUCAUUCCGGUAUCAUAUGAAUAGCCCCUUAGGCAUUUUCACUAGGCAAACAAAUGUACAAAAAAGCGUGACGCACGUGCAGAGUUGUUGUUUUGCCUAUUCAACCUAUUGCGUUUUUUGACGUUCUCGUUGUCGUCGUUGUGAGCAUCUUAAACUUCCUAAUGAUUAGUAACAACUAACAACCUCCCGCAAUCAGCCUCAAGAUCUCUGUAUUUUGGGUGGCUGUUUUUUUCCUUCCGACUCUUAUCGGGAGAAAUUACUUUUGUUCGUACUGAAGUUAGGAAAAGGGCUUUUUUCAGGAAAAGUGUUUCGACCUUUUUACACCUGAGGUCAAUUUAAUAAAAAGAUUCGCUAUCAUACUGAAUUUUAAUAUAUCGAAAGUGGCUUAUUAGAAACGUGUAGAUGUUCAAUGUUAUGUCUGGUAUAUAUGACAAGGUACAUCUACUGUAGAUUAUGUAAACCGAAUGAUUCUCCAAAAGAAUGAAACGUAAAGGAGCUGUGUCACGAAAUUCAGCCAAAUUAGGAAAUUACAAAAUGCCUUUUAAAUUAAGAGAAACAUAAAAAUAACCGCUUAAAACUUUAAAGGAAGGUUAAAAUAACAUAACAGAAACGACAGAUGCCACAGAUGGGCAAAACUGAAGAAGAUUGAAACGGAUUGAAAUUAGGGUUUUUGCAAACUCUUCAGCCUAACAGUUUUUCAAAGUUGAUCCUGCUGCUUGCAACUUCAAAAAUAAUGCUCAGGAGACAUAUUUGUUUAUCUCGGAUCUCUGAUUUUGUCAUUUACAUGUAAUUUCUUUGCUGACUUUAAGUUCCAUAGCCAUUGAGGGCGAGUAAUUGACAAAAUUAAACAAAAUGAAGUAGAGUGCUGCAACACAGCCCCUUUAA